GCUCCGCGGCUAGCGGCUAGCCUGCUCAUCAGCAGCUCCGGCGCCCGGGCAGGAGCUGCUGAUGUCCGCAGCGAUAACAGGGCGGUAAACGGAGCGAAGAGUCCGGCCCGGAGACGUAGAACCAUCAACCAAUCAUAGGAGAGGAACCAGGCUUCAUGUCGUCGGGUCACUGAAUGAGUGUGCUGUGAUCUCUGCCGGUGAGUCCAGACAUGGUGCGAUAUUUCUACAGCGAGGUCCACAUAGAGAGUCCAUGGCAUCAGGUUCUGGCUGCUUUCUGGCAGCGCUACCCAAACCCAUACAGCACUCAUGUCCUCACAGAGGACGUCCUGUACCGAGAGCUCACUCCCAGCAACCACUUGUUGUCUCGGCGACUGCUGACCAAAACCAACCGGCUUCCUGGAUGGGCGGAGCUAAUCUUCCCCACCCACUUGGCCCGGGUCGUCUACGUCCUGGAAGACUCUAUCGUGGACGUGGAAGCCAGCACCCUAACCACCAAGACCUGGAACCUGAACCACAGCGCCAUGAUGACGGUGGUGGAGCGCUGCAUGUUUGAACAGGACUGCAGUCAGCCCACUUGGACCAAACUGAGGCGAGAAGCCUGGAUCUCCUCCUCUGUUUAUGGACUGGCCCGACCCAUUCAGGAGUUUGGCCUGGCCCGGUUUAAAAGCAACCAAGCUAAAGCCAUGAAGGGGCUGGACUACGCUCUGUCCAGGAUUCACACUGAAGCUCUUCCCCUUCCCCAUGACGACCAGGGAGAGUCAUCAGAGAAGCAUAGGCCCUUCCCACAACAAGCCCCUCCAACUCCAACCUAGAAACCCAAGCAGUUUGUUUAAACCUGAGCUGUUAAUAAAUAAAAAUGAAUGUUCUGAACCUCAUUGGUUCUAAGUUAAACACUAAUUAGGAUCAGUGGGGGGAGGGGCAUUAAAUCUAGCUUGAAAGUGAUUGGUUACCUCAAAAUGUAAAACAAAUUUUCCUGUCAGUUUUUAAAAACGUUAUUACUGUCAAUUUAAGA